GGGAUUCAUGAUUUUGGUCUAUAUCGCCUGCACCUUGAGCCGGGCCAUUGCGUGCUACUGACGUGACUCGAUCGGGUCCUAGAUCGGAGUCUAAUUGUCUGUGGAAACUGGAAGUUUCCCCUCAUCUCCGCGGGGUUUUUGUAUGGACUGAUUUUCCCGUCGUCUCACCCCACCACCUUUGUGCCGCGACUCAACGGUCAGGUCUCUCCCUCCGAGAAUCCACGCGCCUUCCUGCCGAUAGUCCUGAUCAGCGACAGAAUGGGCUUGCUCGCGCUUGGAACGGCCCUGGAUUGGCCGGAGGCCAAGAAAAGAGCAGACCAGGUUCGCAAAUGGGGUAUUGAGCAAUUACUUGCGAACUGGCAUAGAGCCAAGGGCAAGGAGCGCAAUGCUCUGCUUUGGGGCGAUGAGGUUGAGUACCUUGUUGUAGCUGUCGAUGACGAAGCGAAGAAGGCCCGCCUCUCACUCGCACAGGCGGAGAUUCUUAAGUCACUUGCGGAAGACGAAGCAUCAUGGAAGCAAGGAACUCGACCUCAGUCCCCGAACGAUGAACAUGACGGGGAAGAGCCACCACACUUCCAUCCGGAAUUUGGCCGCUUCAUGCUUGAAGCAACACCGGGUAAGCCCUGGGGAAUCGAUUUCAAGGACCUGCUGAAGGUCGAGUCAAACAUGAAAUGGAGACGCGAGGUUGCCAAAGCCCACAUGGCACCGAAUGAACAUCCCAUCACCCUUACGACAUUUCCUCGCCUGGGUACCAAGGAUGACUAUAUCCAGCCCUAUUUUCCGCCGUCUGGUCCUGCGCUUCGGUCCCAGUUUGUGCCCGACGAGAUCGCCAAUCCGCACAUCAGGUUCCCAACCCUGGCUGCUAACAUCCGGUCAAGGAGAGGUCGCAAGGUUGAGCUGAACGUCCCGGUAUAUAAAGACACGAAUACGCCCGAACCAUUUAAAGACCCAACUGUGAAUUAUGAUCUUCAUAUCUGGCCUGAGGAUGACGACGUUAGAAACGGAGCAGCCAAGGACGAUCAUGUGUACAUGGAUGCCAUGGCCUUUGGUAUGGGCAGUUGCUGUCUGCAAAUCACUUUCCAGGCCAAGAAUAUGACCGAAGGGAGGAAGUUAUACGACCAGUUGAGUCCACUGGGGCCUAUUUUGCUGGCCUUGACCGCUGCUACGCCAAUUUACAAGGGCUUCCUUGUUGACACGGAUGUACGCUGGAAUCAGAUCAGUGGGGCUGUUGAUGACCGUACUCGUGAAGAGCUUGGCGAACUUCCCUUGAAAAAUGACAGAUGGAGGAUCCCUAAAUCCCGAUAUGCCUCAAACUCGACCUAUAUUUCACAAGACCCCCGGUUGCGAAAGGAAUAUUUGGACCCUGACUUGAUCAUUGACGAGGAUAUCAAGAAGCGUUUGAUGGAGGACGGAAUGGAUGAUCUUCUAGCCACACAUUUUGCACAUCUCUUCAUCCGUGAUCCUUUGGUCAUCUUCUCGGAAGAUCUUGAAGAACUCGACUUGGACAAAGCGGAUCACUUCGAGAAUUUGCAGUCCACAAACUGGCAGCAUAUGCGGUUCAAACCCCCACCACCUGACAAGGAUGACAUUGGUUGGCGGGUCGAGUUUCGUUCCAUGGAGAUCCAGAUGACCGACUUUGAGAACGCUGCGUUCAGCAUUUUCAUUGUACUUGUGACCCGCGCGAUCUUGACUUACGAUCUAAACUUCUAUAUCCCGAUUCAGCGCACGACAGAGAACAUGGAGACCGCACAUGCACGCAAUGCGGUUCACGACCGGAAAUUCUACUUCCGCAAGGACCCAUUCUCCCCUCGCCGCCCAAAUUCUCAUUCAUCCAGUGGAAGCAACGUCUCUUCCACCACGUCGUCCGCUGCCAACUCCCCGCCCCCAUCGCCAUCCCUUACCCCAGUGGAGUCCGAGUACGAACUCAUGACUAUAUCUGAUAUCAUCAACGGUUCUUCCGACGGCUCUUUCCCUGGAUUGAUCCCACUUGUCGAAUCAUACCUGAACAGUGUCAAUGUGGAUGUUGAGACUCGCUGCUCAUUGGCCAGCUACCUUGACUUGAUACGCAAACGUGCGAACGGAACUCUCUGGACGGGCGCCAAGUGGAUCCGCGAGUUCGUUGCGUCGCACCCGGACUACAAGCAAGACAGUGUCGUUUCGGAGCGGAUUUGCUAUGACCUUGUCAAGGCCGUAGACGAGAUGAGCGUGCAUGAGGGGAGGAACGGUACCGUUGGGUGGGAACUUCUCAAGGGUAAAAAUACUUGAACAGAAGUUGUAAAUAAAUUCGCAUAUAGAUGUAGAUAGCUUGUCUAUUUUCCACUGUCACUUAUAGUUGAGUACUACAUAUACUGUCAGUCGUGUUGCAUAAUAUUACAGGAGACUUGGUUUGCCC